CUUCUCAGUUUUUUUCCAGGUGGUGAAACCAGGCGCGCACCCGACAACGAAACGUAAAGGCUUGGUCGAGCGCGCUCGCAAGAGAAACUGAGAGUUUGAGUCACAUCAUUGGCGGCUGAAAGCUAUCAAAACUCGCCAAGUGUUUGCCCCCGACUAUCCUUGAGGUUUUUUGAAGGUUUGUUUGCCUGGAAUACAAAGGGAACAUUGUUGUUUCAGGGUUUAAUACCUCAACUUAGCUCUCUGGCACAUUUUGGCGUCGCGAUGUCUUAUUUAUUUGCAUGCACUUGCUGGAAAAGGUAAAUCAAUCGUAUACCAAAGAGUACUAGAGAGUUUACACAGAAUCUACCCCUGACUACAAAAGGUGCUGGCAACCAUGGAUAACUUCAUCUCCAUAUCCCACUGUUUUCAUCUGCUCUUUAUUGCGUUAUGUGUCCUGCCUGGAUCUCUGGCCCAAACCUCAAUCCCCAGAGGUUGUGGAACCAACAUGGACUCCUUGUAUUUUAACUUAUGUGACCUCAGUGCAGUCUGGGGUGUAGUAGUCGAGGCGUUUGCGGCUGCAGGUUUGGUGGCUUCUUUGAUUCUUCUUAUUGUCCUGCUGGCCAGCCUUCCCUUCAUCAACAGCAAGAAUUGGCGCAGUUCGUUUGGACUUCACACGGUUUUUCUGAUCUUCACAUUUGGCCUGUUCGCCCUCACAUUCGCCUUUAUCGUUGGGAAGAACUUCGCCACUUGCGCGUCUCGUCGCUUUUUGUUUGGGGUGUUAUUCGCCGGAUGCUUCUCAUGCCUUCUUAUGCAAGCCGUAAGGUUGAACAUAUUAGCCAGGAGGAACUCGGGGCCGAGAGGUUGGGUUUGGUGUUUGGGCGCUCUAGGACUCUGGUUGGUGGAAGUAGUCAUCAACACUGAAUGGCUAAUCAUUACGAUUGUACGAUACCCAGUUAACAUAACCGGAACCAUUGCUCCUGUAUUAGCCAUUCCCUGUAACAUUGGCAAUCAGGAUUUUGUUAUGGCGCUAAUAUACGUCUUAAACCUACUGUUAGCAGUCGUAGUAGCAUCCGUACCCAUAAUGGCAGGCAAACACAAGCAAUGGCGCAAAGACGGAGCCCUCAUUCUGGUCACAGGACUGCUUUCUGUGGGCAUCUGGGUGGCGUGGAUUGUCAUGUAUGUGUCCGGGAAUGCAAAAAAUGGUGGACCGACGUGGGACGACCCUACAUUGGCGAUAGCGUUGGUGUCUAACGCAUGGGUUUUUCUGCUGCUCCACACGGUGCCGGCGGUGUGUAGCCUAAGUGAGGAAGGGGAAGAUGAACCUGUUGCAGAAGACAUGUACCCAAGCAGAGGGUACGAGAACAUGCUGAAGGAGCAAAGCGCACAGAAUAUAUUUAUGGAGAAUAAGGCCUUCUCCAUGGAUGAGCCUAAUGCAGGUAACAAGCCUGUGUCUCCAUACAGCGGCUAUAACGGCCAGCUGCGCAGUUGUGUUUACCAGCCGACAGAACUGGCUAUCAUCACAAAAGGAACGGGAAAUGGAAAUUUCAUCAGGAGACCCCAGUGAUCAACUCAUGACAGGUGUUAUUUUUCCUGGCAUUUCUGAAUUAAUUAUUUAGUUUUUCCAUCGCUGUGGUCGACUGGACAGUCCAACUUGAACUCGGACGAACUCUGAGCAACACUUAUUUUAGUUUGCUCCACCAAAAGGCAACACGAUCAGUUACUGUACCUGAUAUUGUACAGUACAGGCUUGUUUGUGCAUGGGACACAUAAAAAAAGAUUAGCUGUACCCGUGAUUGUAUAGACUACUGCAAUGCUACCAGCUGUGUUUGCUAAAGAAAGCACAGGUCAGCAAAGGGCUGUAAAAUAAAGGUGUGCUGGAUUUCUGUCACUGUAAUGACUUCUCAAAUGCUGCUUCUACCACUCUUCAUGUUGGUGGCAACACCGUACAUACUGUAUGCAUAAGCCUUAAUUCGCAUAUAUAUAUAAUAUAUUAAUAAUGUUUGUUUAUUUUGUUGCAGCAACAAGAUUAUUUCAUUAUUUUCCAACCUUUGUAUUUAUUGACAGUGCAUUUAACUGAAUACGGUUUCAGACUAAAUGCAUAUGUUCUGUUUAGUGAUGUACACUGUAAAAAUGCUCCACACAAUUCAUUCAUGUUGUCCCAACAGAAAUCGAUUAAGUUAAAGUGUCAAAUUGAAGUGGACUGAACGUAAAACAAUUGAGUUGUCCCAAAAAAUCUCAAGAAUUGUGUUGUUUGUUCAUUUUGAGUAAGUAGUUUGAUUGUAAAAGAUAUUAGUGAUGGGAAGUUUGGAUCAUUUUACUGACUCUGAUCUUUGAGUCUCGUUCAUCGAGAUGAGCGAAUCUUUUUUCGAGUCGUUUCGUUCAUUUGUAUCAAUUUGCCAAAAUAUUGUUAAAAUGUUACGAAUUGCUUCCAAACAUCUACAACUAGCCCAAAAGGUUGAUCACAUGACAAUUAAGUCAUAAAUGGAUUACUAUCAGAAGGAGAAAAUAAUAAUUCGAUGUUUACCUGCUCUUUUUUCUAUGAAGGUAUUGUUGUCUCUUUGCUCAGCUCACCUCUUCAUGUCUUCAAAUGUCAGUGGUUCGUUCACUUUACACUGACAGUCACAUAUGAUCUUAACCAAAGUACACAGUCUGAGCCGGUAGGAGCCAUUAUAAUUAGUUAGUUCACCUUUUAAUUCAAUUCUUUUUCCGGCUCUAAACGCAUAUGAUUGGCCCGUGAGGAACAAAUGAUUCAGACCCGAUAGAGGACUCCAGAGAUAAACAGAUCAAAUCUUUUUCUGGCUCUAAACGCAUAUGAUUGGCUUCUGCCUUUCCACGAUAAACAACUCAAAAGACUUGAAAUGAAUGAUACCGCCUGCACAAAUUUGUGUGCUGAUGAACGAAUCACUCCCUGAGAGGACUUGUAGUUCCCGAGUCAUACUGAAGAUUCAUUUAAAAUAAACGAAUCGUUCAUAAACGACCCAUCACUAAAAGAUAUCUGUUAAUUAACAUGUUUCCAUAUUUUGUGAUUCACUAAUGUUUUCCUUUUAUUUUUGGUUGUGAAUUUUUGGUUGUGAAUUGGUUGUGGUUUGCAUUAUGGGACCUCGAUCUCUGCUCUGUUGAUUUUUGAUGUUGAAAAUUUUACUUUAUGGUUUAACAAAGUGACUUUUAUUUUGACAUUUUAGUAGUUUGAAAUAAUAUAAUUACUAAAAAAUAAUGUAUUGAGAGAAAAAUCUGUAAAAUAACAGAAAAUGUACUGGCAGUGUAAUGCUAUGUUCCCACCAGACGCGGAUAAAUCGCGCGUAAAUAGACGCAAGAACAUUUCCCACUUAGAUAUGCUUGCCGUUUAUAGCAGGUUUGGCUCCUAAAUGAAGUUAGAGUAGUAGGGAGAAAAAAACGAUCCAUUUAUAGUAAGCUUGGAUCACUCUGAUUGGAUUAUUACUGAUUACAGAUGAGAAGGCAGUUGUGCUCAAUCUUAUCAUGUGCUCCUCUCGAAAUUAGUUUGUGAAACUUUAAUUUGUGUUUGCUUCAUUUGCGUGUCAACAUCCGAUUAAUUCGCGUGUCAUGUUCUUUUUAGAACAGAUGCGGAUUCAUGUCAUGGGCAGGGCUUCUGUCUGAUCGGUGACUCUAGCUUCAUUACUAAAUGGCUAACAUGGAUUUUAAUGAAAAAAUAACUGUUUAUGUGCUUUAUGAAGGCUGAAAAAAAGCGUAGACUCGGGUCUUUACAUUGACUUAACAUGUAAAUCACUAGCACUCGACGCUUCUUCAACAUCUGGUGUGAACGCAACAUCAGGGUCCAUCUAUUAGUCUUAUGACAGAACUGACAGCAUGGGUUAAAGUUAAAUGUAAGCCUUUUUAGCACAUGUGAAAUGAAAUAUUUUAUUUUGUUAAUUUAUUUUAAUUAGUUUCCAACUUCAAUUCAUUAUAAAUAGGAGUCAAUUUUAUUUUAGAUUCAUCCAAUUCAAACUGAUCACCUUAUAGGUUGUGAUUUGGUCUGAUUUAGAUUGAUUAACCUAAUAAAUCCUUAUUUUAAGUUAAUGGUUCAUCAUUUACUUUAAGUCGCUUAGAGUCAGUGUUCUGGCCUGAUCCAUCUGCUCAUGGACGCAUCCUCGCCAGUUCUGGUUCUUAGAUAGAGGAUAUAACAAAACUAAUUUCCUUUAAGUAAUAUUAGGCCGCCCCAUGCUUGCUUAUAUAUGAAGAAAGUUUGAUUCAGCCACUAGAUUAUAUCAUACUAUUUCAGUGAUUGUCAGUAAUCAACAUGACUCUAAUGCUGUGCCUAUGCUCCAUCCAUUGAGCCUGAAUGCUUGACUAAUCCUGGUCGUAGGCUGCGGAAACAUCAGCCUAAACAAUUUACAUGAUUUCAGGAGAUAAUAGAGUUAAACAAGAAUUUUACAUUUAUUUGUCAGGCAAAGACUUAUCUAUUCCAAUUCACAUAAGUAAACAACAUAAGCCAAUUCAGAUUGUACAACAUCAAUUACUCAAAGAUACAUUUAAGAGUACAAGAGAUUAAUACCUGACCAUGUAGAAAUAGGUUGCAGCAUAUAAGCCUUGAUGCAGAGCUCAGAGACUCGUACACUGCAACGGGGCAUCCUGGCUACAGAAUCCCACAGACACUUCUGCACCUUUCCCUUAAAUACAUAAAUCUCAAUAAAUUCAAGACAAUAAAAGCUUGACCAAGACCCUUAACUGGUCAUGAGAUGGUGUGAAGAGCAUUUUCCCUGGAGUGGAGCAUCUUAUAUUGAUUAUAUUAUUUGAUAUAAGGGAAAUUGUAAAAAUAUUACAGUGAAAUUAAGACCACUUUACCAAUCACACUGAGACAUUUAAAAUGACACCAAACAUGAAUAUAGAGCCACAAGAUACACCGUAUUAAAAACUUGGACAUUCUGUGUGGAAUGUGAGUGAGCUGCUCUGGUGGAGAAGGUAAAGCUGAGGGCAGAGGGUGCAUGUUCGAGAUAGUUGAAAACUGGUUCCCUAGCUGAUCUUCUCAGAUUAGAAAGUUUAUUGUUUGUUCUGGACAAUUUUCGUGGUCGUGUCUAGUGUGGAAUUCCAUAACAGUUCUCAUGGUUUAAUAUUAUGGAGAUACUUAGCAUCCUAACAGCUGUUUAUUACAAGGUCCUUGUACCAUAAUGUACAACCCAGACAAUAUAUAACUUUAAACUAUUUAAAAUCUUAAUAAAAGUCACUUUAUUUUACUUUUCACGGUUAAAAGUUGUUGGAAGAGAGAUCAAGCUCCCAUAAUGCAAUUUAUAGCAUAAAUAAAUGGGGGAAAAUAACAUGAAUCACAAAAUACGGAAAACUGCUACGGAUAUUUUUAACAAAAACUCUAUUUUUGAGCAUACAAAUCGACAUUUGAAAAUUAAAUAACGUGGGAGGUUUAGUUGGACUGUGAAGCUCUUUGUGUGUAUAUGACCUCUUCACAGGGACAUCAUCAGGAAUAGUUCCCAAAGGGAAAUUCGCUGAGUGGAAAAUUCCCUUCAACCGUAACCAGUGAUGGCAUUUACAUAGACAGUGAUGAUAAGCUCUUAACAAGCCUGAGUCACAGGAUGAAGGGUUGUACAUUGUGGUUAUUACAUCAAUGCAUUUUUAUUGUAACUGUAUUAAGGCCCAUUCACACCAAGUACGGUAACUAUAAAGGUAUAUAACUAUGAACAAAAUGGUUAAUUGGAGAUUUUGAGGCAAAAAUACCCUUGUAUGAGUUUUGUUUCAUAUUUUUACGUUAGAUUUUUUGAUAUGUAAGCAAUAUCACAGUGUUUUUUUCUCCUGAAUAGCUCAAGUGCAAAUAUUAUAUUUAUUAUACAACAUAUUAAGCUAUUACUGUUUUAUUUAAGACAGUAUCAUUUGAUUUUGUUAUUUUUCGGCAACAAAAAUAUGAACCACAGGAUUGAGUCUUUAAUUAAAACACACAGCAGUGAUUCAAUUAAAUCCAUAUUUUUAAUUAAGUAAACCAAAUAAUUUAAUAAAGCAGUUAACUUCUUUCUUGAAUGAAUCAGUUGUUUAAAUGAAUACAAUAAAUGUUUCAAUGAUGUAAAUGGACUGUUUACUGCUCAUAAAUAAAACAUUUCCAUAAGAUUAUCUUUCAGGUUGUUUAAUAUGUUAGUUAAAAAAAACUGUAGUGUUCUGGGAUGGAUAGUUUUUGGUUACAAAAAAUAGCCUACAGAGAAUGUUUCCAGUAGGUUUUUAUUCCCAUAAAGUCAUAUCAAUAUAAAAGGGAUGGGUCAACUAUGAAGAUUCUGUCGUUAUUUACUUCUCUUCAUGUCAUAAAACAUUUCUUUGCUUUUCUUUAGUUUUAAAGAUAUUGGGUAGAAUGUUUGUAAAAUAAAAUAAAAACAAUGCAGAUGGAACUGAGAAAAAAUCAAGUUUGUGUGUAAAACAUUCUAUGUUGAAUCAAAUAAAUUAUAUCUUUCUAAAAUA